UUACUCGUCGUACUCUUAAUUUAUUAUUCCUUCAGAUAUUUAUUCUUCAAUUCUCCUAACUAAGCAUCUUAUUGUUCACCAGUAUAUACAUCCCUCCUUACUAACUAAUAACUACAUCAAGUUAACUGACAAUUGUUGGGACUGAAAAUUAAAGAUCAUAUCAUGUUGCUCCUCUUUUUCUUCUUGCUUUUCGCACCAUCGGUUUCACCGGAAUACACCCGUCCGCCUCCCCGCCCUCUCAUUUUCAGGCAACACAAUGGGACUGAAUCCGCCCCCCAACAGGUACACAUUUCAUUGGCAGGGAAGGAUUACAUGAGGGUUUCGUGGAUAACCGAUGAAAAAUCUCAAUCCGUCGUAGAAUACGGGAAAGCGCCCGGAGAAUACAGCGCCGCCUCCUCCGGCGAGGAAACUACGUCGUACCAAUACUUCUUCUACAGGUCGGGAGAGAUUCACCACGUCAAGAUUGGUCCGUUGGAGCCCAGCACCACCUAUUACUACAGAUGCGGCGGCGGAGGCCAGGAGUUCAGUUUCCGCACACCGCCGUCGGCCUUCCCCGUUGAAUUUGCCGUUGCCGGUGACCUGGGGCAAACAGAAUGGACAGAAUCAACCUUAGCCCACUUGGGCAGUAGGGACUACGACGUAUUCCUCGUACCGGGAGACUUGUCUUACGCGGACACCCAGCAGCCGCUGUGGGACUCAUUCGGGAGGCUGGUGGAGCCGUACGCGAGUGGUAGGCCGUGGAUGGUCACGGCAGGAAACCACGAGAUCGAAACAUUCCCCAUCAUAUACCCUCACGGCUUCAAAGCCUACAACGCUAGAUGGCUCAUGCCUUACCAAGAGGCCAACUCCCAAUCCAACUUGUACUAUUCCUUUGACGUCGCAGGGGCCCACGUCCUCAUGCUUGCCUCCUACACCGACUUUGAUGCUGACUCGGAUCAGUACGCGUGGCUUCUGGCUGACUUGGCAAGCGUCGAUAGGGCCAAAACCCCUUGGAUCUUUGCCUUGAUCCACGCGCCCUGGUACAAUACCAAUUCUGCCCAUAAAGGUGAGGCCGAAACUAUGAGGGUAGCCAUGGAAGAUAUUUUGUACAAGGCGCGAGUCGAUGUGGUCUUUGCUGGGCACGUUCACGCAUACGAAAGAUUUACUAGGGUUUAUGAUAACAAGGCUGAUCAGUGUGGUCCAGUUCAUGUCACUAUUGGUGAUGGAGGAAACAGAGAAGGACUCGCAACGACGUUCGAGAACCCUAGCCCUUCAAUCUCAAUAUAUCGCGAGCCAAGCUUCGGGCAUGGGCGGCUGAGGGUGUUGAACAACACCCACGCCCACUGGUCGUGGCACCGCAACAACGAAACGAACACCGUCACCGCCGAUGAGAUAUGGUUCGAGAGCUUGAUCACGUCGCCUCGAUGCAACGAUUUGGCUACUUCGUCAGAAUCUGCAAAUGAUGAACUAUGAUAUGCUCACAAUUCUUCGACAAAUAUCGAGUAGAAUACUGUAAAUUCGCUUGAUUCAUCAAUUUAUUUACCUUGUUUGUGUUGUACUCCUUGGCCUUCAAUUCGCAUGAACUAGUAGUAUAAGAAUAGGUUAUUAAUAUAGAAAUAAUGUCACUCGGCCAUCAAAGAAAAGUAAAUAGUGUCAAUUCUUUUGUACGUUGUAUGAUUAAUCUCGUUCAAAUUACAUAUUCCCUCCAUUCCAUAAAAA